CUUUUGUUAAAUAUUAUAAGGUUAGAAAGAAUGGAUGGAGAUAUGGAUGAAGAUGAGUUGGAGGAGUGGAAAACUAUUUUUAAUCUCUUUGAUGUAGACGGCGAUCAGUCGAUUACAGGCGAGGAGUUGGGAGUGGUUUUGAGAUCAAUGGGACAGAACCCGAGUGAGCAGGAGUUGGAGCAGAUGAUCAAUGAGAUGGAUGAGGACGGAUCAGGAACUGUAGAUUUUGAGGAGUUUGUUAUCCUGAUGAAGAGGAAGACGGCGGACAACGAGGCGGACGGUCACGACGAUAUCGAGGAGGCCUUCAAGAUCUUCGACAGGAACAAUGACGGGGUUAUUUCUGCAGAGGAGUUGGCAGCAGUUAUGAUUAGUCUAGGAAAUCCUAGAACUAAGGAGGAGAUAGAGGAGAUGAUAAAUGAGGAGGACCACGACCAGGACGGAGUAAUUACCAAAGAAGAGUUUAUUAGAAUGCUCACGGAGAAACGGAAGAAAUGAACUGAACCUAAACCUGAACCCGAACCUGAACCCAAGAUGUGUUUAUGCAAUCAAUCAAUCACUCACUAUAUUAACACGAGAUCAGGACGCGAAAAAAAACUGAGUAUGGUAAAGGGGUAAUUUAAUAUUUCAUUCUAAAUUAAAAUCAGGCCAUUUUCACCAAUUGUUUCUGUAAAAAAAAUCUAAUCUCAUUC